AUGACUGGUAUCAACACCAUUACCUCCACAUCGGUGUACAAACCACCCGAUUUGAACAGAAAUAUCACUGAGAUAUUUGGAAAGCUAAUUAACAUAUAUAGAGCUUUGGGUGAAGAUAGACGGUCCUUUAGCUAUUACAAAGCUAUCCCCAUCAUUGAAAAGUUCCCCACUAGGAUUGAAAGCGUUGAUCAGCUCAAACACUUCCCUGGAAUUGGAAAGGCAAUGAGAGAUCAUAUUCAAGAGAUUGUGACAACAGGGAAGUUGUCCAAGCUUGAACAUUUUGAAACAGAUGAGAAGGUUCGUACAAUCAGUUUGUUCGGGGAAGUUUGGGGUAUCAGUCCUGCGACUGCACUCAAGCUAUAUGAGAAAGGACAUCGCACACUAGAAGACUUGAAGAACGAGGAUUCACUAACGCAUGCACAAAGGUUGGGGUUGAAAUAUUUUGAUGAUAUCAGAACAAGAAUUCCACGUCACGAGGUGCAAGAGGUGGAACAACUUCUACAGAGAGUCGGCGAGGAAACUUUGCCUGGUGUGAAUAUUGUAUGUGGAGGAUCAUAUAGACGUGGGAAAGCUACUUGUACCUACAAUCUAGAUAUAGUUAUCACACAUCCUGAUGGACAAAGUCACAAGGGAUUUUUGACAAAGUUUGUAAAGCGUUUAAAAGAAAUAAACUUUUUAAGAGAAGAUCUCAUCUUCAGCACCCACAGUGAAGAGGGUACUGAUUCAGGCGUUGACACUUAUUUUGGCCUGUGCACUUAUCCUGGUCAGGAGCUACGGCGCCAUAUCGAUUUUAAGGUUUAUCCAAGGGAUAUCUAUGCAUUUGGACUCAUAGCUUGGACAGGGAACGACGUGUUGAACAGAAGGCUGAGAUUGCUAGCAGAAUCCAAAGGAUAUCGACUUGAUGACACUGGACUGUUCCCAGCUACUCACAGUUCUAGCGGUAACCGGGGUGCUAGAGGAACUGCAAGUCUGAAACUCUCAACGGAGAAACAAGUGUUCGAUUUCUUAGGAUUUCCUUGGCUCGAGCCACACGAGAGGAAUCUCUAA